AUGCAAGCUUUCAAACUGGAUCUCUCCGUCACAACUUCCGUCUCCGGUCGUCACAACAUCCCGCCGCGAGACUCUGGGCCCUCACGACCCAAAUUCUGCCCCCUCAUUGUGGGGCUUCACGGCGGAUGCUAUUGCAGCGCAUACUUCGAUGUCAACGAGUACAGCGCCAGACAUAUGAGCUCAGCUACUGGAGUCCCAUUUGUUGCGAUUGACAGACCAGGAUACGAACAGACAACCGCGGUCGGCAUCAUUCCCGAGACCUUAUCUUUCCAAGAAGAAUGGGGCAAGCUUCUCCAUCAGCAACUUCUGCCGGCAAUUUGGAAAGAAUUUGGCGUUGCCAACGAUUGUUCUUCAAUCGUCCUUCAUUGCCAUUCCUUGGGAACCCCUGGAGCAUGCGUCGCUGCUGCUCUCCACGCCAACGAGCCAUUACCAGCUUACCCCCUCGCCGGCAUCAGCAUCUCAGGUUUUGGGAACGGCACCAAAAACUUCCGCGAUCCUAGUUCUGCGCGCAUAGGAGAUAACCCCCCGGAGUUCUUCACGAUACCGAAAGAAGCGAAAGAUGCCAUCAUGUUCGUUCCUGGAGGAGUUGACCCUGCAAUGUUAGAGAACACGGCUAUUCUCGACCGCCCCAUGCCAUUUCGCGAGAUCGCCGACCUGUACAGCAAGUUCUUGGCGACUUGGAACGAGAGAUAUGCUGCCGAAAUCAAGGUUCCACUGUCGAUUGGCCUCGCCGAGCGUGAUGGGCUGUGGUUUGGAACAGAAAAGGACCUUCGAGAGUAUGCGGAGGCUUUCAAGGGGAGCAAGAAAGUCGACGCUAGUCUCAUACGCGGAGCACCGCACAAUUUGGAGCUUAGCUACUGGUCUCAAGGCUGGUAUGCUCGUGUCUUCGGGUUUGCAAUGGAAGUUGCGACUUCUCACGCCGUUGAAAACGACCAGGCUACGAAGAGCUGA